AUGGCCUUUAAACUUGAUAUAUCUAAAGCUUAUGACAAGGUUAAUUGGGAUCUUCUUUUCAAAGUGCUUCUAAAACUGGGCUUUAACCAAAAAAUGGUGAGUAUGAUUCGGGAAUGUGUUACCACAGUUCAGUUCUCAGUUUUGAUUAAUGGGACUCCUAGGGGUUGUUUCAAAGCAGAAAAAGGCAUCCGGCAGGGUGACCCUCUGUCCCCUUAUCUGUUUAUCAUGAUAGCUGAAGUCUUAAGCAGAAAUGUGACCCAUCUGGUCAGCAAUGGCAGGCUCCAAGGGUUCAAAGUGGCCUCCACGCUCCCCCCCUCUAAUAUUCAACAAUUCAUGGAUGACACCUUUCUAUUUGGUAAGUCUUCUGUCAUGGAGGCUAAAGGGUGGAAGAUCUUACUUGCCAACUACGCCAAGGCUUUAGAACAAUGCAUCAACUAUGAGAAGAGUAAUCUCUUCUUUUUCAAUACUCCAAAUGAACUCCAACUCAGAAUCCUCUCUAUCCUCAGAUGCAAGAUGGCAACUCUUCCGGGGACCUACUUGGGCCUCCCUCUCAUAGUCAAGGAAGUCACUCCCACCUUCUAG